CCGGCUGAAGGAGCAGUCGUGGGGCAGCGAGCUCCUAUGGCUCCUGUCCACGACACCCAAAGCCUUCCUGGGAUCCCCCUUCCUCACACUUACUGUUGGUCUCUGUGUAGCUCCACUUCUGUGUACCUGCAGGAAGGAACAGGAUCUAGCUAUGCUGUUCAGGCUGCAAUUGGGCUCAUUUUGUAGCCCAGGCUGGUCUCAAACUCGCAACGAUUCUCCUGCCUCAGCCUCCAGAGUGCUGGAACCACCACGCCUGGUGUAUUUUCUAAUCACAACUGUCAGGUCCUUCUGCCCGGAUAUUGGCGUUGUUAAGGCAGGGCUCGUGAAGUCAGGUCUUUCUGCCGGAUCACCCGUGGUGCAAGCUAGCACUCGCUUUCAUUGCCUAUUGGGUUAACCGAGAAGCCAAUCACCGUCCAGAAAACAUUUCUUCCUCUAAUUUGUCAAAGUUAGCACAGAUCAUAAAGUACCCAGGCGUAAUGGUGCUCGCAGGUAGAUCCCUGCGCUCCGGGGUCUGACGCAGAGGGAUCCCGGGGACCCGGGCCAGCCUGAUCUAAGAGCCAGGAGACCCAGUCUCAAAACAAGAAAAAAAAAAAAAAAUGACCAAUUCUAAGAUGUCAGUUCCGGGGCCGGGGGCCACGGCGUCCCAAACCGUUCUCCUGCUGCUCCCAGGGAUCCUGUUUUGCACCGAGACCUGCGCGGCCCCGCACUCGCCUCCUCUCCCGCCCACCCGGGACCCGGGUCCCGCGCGGGAGGAGGUCGCGGUCUCACCGCCCCGCCCCGCAGGCUCCCACUCCCUGCGCUACUUCCACACCGCGGUGUCCCGGCCGGGACGCGGGGACUCCCGCUUCAUCUCCGUGGGCUACGUGGACGACACGGAGUUCGUGCGCUUCGACAGCGACGCAGGGGAUCCAAGGAUGGAGCCGCGGGCGCUGUGGAUGGAGCAGGUGGAUCAGGCAUACAGGGACCGAGAGACACAGAGAGCCAAGAUCCUUGCACAGGAUUACCAAGUGAGCCUGCGGACCCUGCGCGACUACUACAACCAGAGCGGGGACGGUUCUCACACCUUCCAGGGGAUGUGCAGCUGCGAGGUGGGGCUGGAUGGGCGCUUCCUCCGCGGAUACCUGCAGUAUGGCUUCCACGGGGAAGAUUACAUCGCCCUUGCCGAGGACCUGAGCACCUGGGUGGCUGCGGACACUGCGGCUCAGAUCACACAGCGCAAGUGGGUAGAGGCCCAUAAGGCAGAGCGAUACAGAGCCUACGUGGAGGGGGAGUGCGUGGAGUUGCUCCGCAGACACCUGGAGCACGGGAAGGAGACGCUGCAGCGAGCAGAUCCCCCAGAGACACACGUGAGCCGCCACCCCAUCUCCAAGGAACAGGUCACCCUGCGGUGCUGGGCCCUGGGCUUCUACCCUAAGGACAUCUCCCUAACCUGGCAGCGGGAUGGGCAGGAGCUGACCCAGGAGAUGGAGCUGGUGGAAACCAGGCCUGCAGGAGAUGGAACCUUCCAGAAGUGGGUGUCUGUGGUGGUACCUUCUGGAGAGGAAGAGAAUUACAUGUGCAUUGUGGAACAUAAGGGGCUGCCUGAGCCCCUCACCCUGAAAUGGGGAGCAAAUGGAGGGAACUACAGUCAGGCUGCAAGAGGUGACAGUGCCCAGGGCUCUGAUUCCUCUCUCAUGCCUGGAGAAGUGUGAGACAGCUGCCUUGCGGGUGCCUGAGGGACUCCACGCUUCUCCAGCCCAUGCUUUGUGACCUCAAGAUCACCUGAGUCACCUCCCUGCAAAUGGUUCUGAGUGUAUGCAUGUUCCUGUAUGCAUCAGGGAAGUCUGUGGGCGCAGUCAGCCCUGGGCAGCAGGACUCCUGUCCCCACGCUGACCCGUGUUCGCUCCUGCUCAGCUCCUGUUAUGGAUUAAAAACUGUUGGUCAACUUAAUGCCAGCUGGAUUAGAUUAGGAUGGUGCUGAUCCUAGAUGGUCCACCUGAGGAAAGUUGCCAACAUAAAAAGAGAUGUGGAUAAAGAAAAGCUAGGCAUUAUGGGUUCUCCUAUGUGUUGCUGUUUGAGCCAUUGGUUCUCCUUGACUUCAUCAGGACCAGCUUCCCCAAUGUGAAUACAACCAUUGUCAUCAGAGGAGCUCGGAACCUUGUUGGUGAGAGUGGCUGUGGUUCACUUUGGGCAGCUCUGGUUCUUACCAGCAUUGCUUCCUGGCUCUGGAGGGGAAGACAUGCCAUUUAAUCUCCAGGACAAACUCAUCAUGCUGGCUUAUUGUUGGAGCUCAGGACCUCUGUGUCUCUGAGGAUGGCUGCUGUGCAUUUCAGGACAGCCCUGGUCUUUGUUGUGCGUGUGACUUCUUGGCUCCAGUGUGGAACCCUCAACCUACCAGCGCAGCUCCUUCCCCCCUCUGGCAUAGACAUUUCUAGGUUCCACUGCUGACCUUUGGGCCUUCCCAGCACGGACCCAUAAAACAGACUGGCAUGAGUGCGUUUCGUGGGCUCUAGACCUCUAGCUGGACUCAUGGGAGGCAUUAUCCUUGCUGUGGAAUCCGGGCCCUUGGCUGAAUAUUCUGUCUCUAGCAUUGUGGAUAGGUUUCCUGCCCUUUUUGCACUAACUCUGGGUGACUGUCAUAAAACAAUAUUAUAAAUUCUC